UCAAGACUUACACAAGACUCACAACAACAAACCAAUACCAUCUUCAAACAUCUUCAAACAUCUUCAAACUUUCCACAGUUCAGCCAAAAUGAAGUUCACCACCACUGCCGUUCUUGCCAUUGCCGCAUUCGUUGAAUCGGCCACUGCUCUGGGCAAGGCCCGCGUUGUCAACAAGUGCCCCUUCAGCAUCACUCUCUGGUCUGUCGGCAGCGCCAUCUCCCAACCCACAACCCUUGCUCAAGGCGGUUCCUAUGGCGAGACCUUCUCGCGAGACCCCGUAACCGGCGGUCGUGCCAUCAAGGUCACCGUUCAGCCUGAUGGCCUCUACACUGGCAAGCCCCAGACCAUCUUUGCCACCAACCUCGAGGGCAACACCAUCUGGUACGACCUUUCUGACGUCUUCGGCGAUGCCUUCAACGGCCACAAGGUCGUUGUUUCCAGUGCCAACACCGCUUGCCCCCAGAUUGUUUGGGGUAGCGGUAUCCCUCCUGCUGGCAGCCAAGUCAAGAACUGCGGUGCGGAUAAGGAUGUGACCUUGACUUUGUGCGCUUAGAGUCAUGCACGGAUGGAAAUAUUUCAAGGCAACGGAAUUGAUGGGUCUAAAUCGAGUUUAUGAUAGAAUUCUACGUCCUAGUCAUGUUUAGGUCUUAUGAUAGUAUGAAUUUAUGAGUUUAUUUCAUUCACCU